AUGGUCAAUUGCUCAGCUCUCACAAGCCUCCGCGAUUCCGUCUGCGCAAGCGUCAUAUACCUGACCCAUCUGCUCGACCCAGACGCUCAAACCUCCUUCCCUCCAUCACCCACCCACCUUCCCACCCUUUUCCUUUCGCACACUCUUGCCCACAUCAUCAUGGCAUCCCCCGCGCCCGUCCCAACGUCCCCACAGACCAAGAUCAACUCGGCUGAGCCAACCAAGGCUCCCACAUCGGCUCCUGACGCAGCGGAGCCCUCUGCGGCCGUUCCCAAGGCGUCCGUUAGCAGUCCUGCACCCGCCGCCGCGAGGUCGUCUGCAGCAGCUCCUGCCGCGGAAAAGGACGCGACCGCUUCCACCCCCGAGGCCGAUGCGGAGGAGGACAUCGGACCAAUCCCGACUGAUCCGGAGGGCAUUAUCAACAUGGAGAUCUUCAGCCAGAUCCAGGACAUGGACGACGACGAUGAUGACGAGGCCGGAGGACACGAGUUCUCCAAGGGCAUCGUCUGGGGCUACUUUGAGCAAGCCGAGAGCACUUUCCAGCAGAUGGAGGACGCCAUCGGGGAGCCGUCGUUGUGGAAGCUGUCGUCGCUGGGUCACUUCCUCAAGGGCUCGAGCGCAGCACUGGGCAUCAUCAAUGUGCAGAACUCGUGUGAGAAGAUGCAGCAUUACGGCAACCUUCGCGACGAGGAGGUCGGCGCGGCGCUGAGCGAGGAUGAGGCACUGAGGCGCAUCAGGAACCUCCUCGUCGACUGCAAGCGCGACUACGCCGUCGCGUCGGCAUAUCUGCGGCAACUGUACGCCUCGUACGACGAGUAA